ACUGCAUUUUCUGUAUUACAUUGGAGCAUAUAAGGUUUAGCUUUGUUUUUGUUUUUAUGUGUGUAGUUUAAGUGAGUAUGCUGGUGGAAUGUACUUUCACUCUGCAGUCCUGUUUUCAGGAUUCAGGCCUUCAAACUACUGAAUUUUUUAUCAAUGUUUUGUACAUGACAAAGGCAAGGGGAGUUCAGUAGUGGAUCUGGAGUAUAUGAGGCAUGGGAACUAGUCAUGUUCACUAAGAAUCAGGGCUAGGGGCUACAUGAGCAGACAGUUGCUCAAUGGGAACUUUGUUCAGCUCUCUUGGCUUCUGAAUUGUCACCAGACACCAUAGCUGUUCUUGCAAGUGUUUGUUUAUUUUAAAAAUGAUUCUGUGGAUAUCUCAUUCUGUGCCAGCAAAUCCAGUUUGCGGAUGAUAUGCAAGAGUUCAGCAAAUUCCCAACCAAGACUGGUCGUAGGUCCCUCUCUCGUUCCAUUUCGCAGUCUUCCACUGACAGCUACAGCUCUGCGGCAUCUUACACAGACAGCUCUGAUGAUGAAGUUUCCCCUAGAGAAAAGCAGCAAACUAAUUCCAAGGGCAGUAGCAAUUUCUGCGUUAAAAAUAUCAAGCAGGCAGAGUUUGGCCGCCGAGAGAUAGAGAUUGCUGAGCAAGACAUGUCUGCACUGAUUUCACUAAGAAAACGAGCCCAGGGGGAAAAGCCUUUGGCUGGAGCUAAAAUUGUGGGAUGCACGCACAUUACAGCACAGACUGCGGUCUUGAUUGAGACGCUGUGUGCAUUAGGAGCUCAGUGCCGUUGGUCUGCUUGUAACAUUUAUUCCACUCAGAAUGAGGUGGCUGCUGCCUUGGCUGAGGCUGGUGUUGCUGUGUUUGCCUGGAAAGGAGAAUCCGAGGAUGACUUUUGGUGGUGCAUUGAUCGCUGUGUUAAUGUGGAUAGCUGGCAGGCUAACAUGAUCUUGGAUGAUGGGGGAGACCUGACCCAUUGGGUUUAUAAGAAAUAUCCAAAUGUAUUUAAGAAGAUCAGAGGCAUUGUAGAAGAGAGUGUGACUGGUGUGCACAGGUUAUACCAGUUAUCAAAGGCUGGGAAACUGUGUGUUCCAGCAAUGAAUGUAAAUGACUCUGUUACCAAACAGAAAUUUGAUAACCUAUACUGUUGCAGGGAGUCCAUCUUGGAUGGCCUAAAACGAACAACUGAUGUGAUGUUUGGAGGGAAGCAAGUGGUAGUGUGUGGCUAUGGUGAGGUUGGAAAGGGAUGCUGUGCAGCUCUGAAGGCCCUGGGAGCCAUAGUUUACAUCACUGAGAUUGAUCCUAUCUGUGCUCUUCAAGCCUGCAUGGAUGGGUUUCGAGUAGUGAAGCUCAAUGAAGUCAUUCGCCAAGUGGAUGUUGUCAUAACUUGCACAGGAAACAAGAAUGUGGUGACUAGGGAGCACUUGGAUCGAAUGAAGAAUAGCUGCAUUGUAUGUAAUAUGGGCCAUUCCAACACUGAAAUUGAUGUGGCUAGUCUUCGUACCCCAGAGCUAACCUGGGAGCGCGUACGUUCUCAAGUGGAUCAUGUAAUCUGGCCUGAUGGCAAGCGAGUUGUUCUCCUAGCCGAGGGAAGACUUCUUAAUUUGAGCUGUUCAACAGUUCCUACCUUUGUUCUGUCCAUUACUGCUACCACUCAGGCUCUGGCUUUGAUUGAGCUUUACAAUGCUCCUGAGGGACGAUACAAACAAGAUGUGUACCUUCUGCCUAAAAAGAUGGAUGAAUAUGUCGCCAGCUUGCACCUGCCUUCAUUUGAUGCCCAUCUGACAGAACUAACUGAUGAUCAAGCAAAAUAUCUGGGACUUAAUAAAAAUGGCCCCUUUAAACCAAACUAUUAUAGGUACUAAUGGACCAUAAUGCUGAAGGAACAGACCACGUAAUCUAUACAAGAGCUUUAGCAAGAAUAUUUUUAAAGAACAUAUCUAAAAACUUUUUUAUUUUUAUUUUAUUCAUGUGAUUUUAUCCACCUUUUCUUUUUAAUAUUUCCUUGUCUCUGUGUCUGACUUUAUAGACAACCUGGGAUUUCUCUGCUCCGUCACCACAAAAAUAGUGCUAUUUCAGCUCCUCAGCUCUAUACAUAGGGAGAGGAUUUCCUUUGAUGGACAUUCCUGUCCUCUGGCGAUUUUGUGUUUUAAUUUAAAACUUUACAGGGCACCUUAGUUGUAGUUGAUCGAACUGCAAAAUAUUAAGAGCACUUUUCUUUCUGUGUGGAAAUAUCUACAAAUUCUAAAUUGCCUUAAUGAGCCCCAAUUUAUUAGCUGCUAGGCCAGUGCUCCUUUUUCUGUACUGGAACAGAAUUAUAUCUUGUGGCCAGUUAGGUGUAUAUUCAGCAAAUGCCUAAUCUCUGGUCCUAAUUGUGUUGUGAAGAAUAAACAAGUGGGAAAAUUCAAAUCCUAUUUAUGAUCAAUUAGGCUAUUUUUUUCCUACAUGAAAUGUAUAGCUGCAUGCCUGGUUACACUAAGCCUAGGUAGAUUUUAACAUGCUUUUAAAGUUGCUAGGGUGCUAAUCUGAAUUAAAAUGGAAUUGUCUAUCCACUGUCUUCACCUCUCCAAAGUUUUUAGAUGUUAGGAUUUUUUUCUUGCUUUCUUUAAUCCAAGAUGUACAAUAACCAUAUUUUAAAAUGCAAUGGGUGAGAAUUCCUUCUCCUGCUAAUGGAAAUGUCAAGUUAGAAGGUUUCAGUUAAUACAUUGCAGAAUAGGUUGGGGCCACCUAAGAACCAAAUUGGCCAUUCUGAGCUGAGACAGGUAUCUCCUGUGCUCCAUCCUCUCAUUUGCCUAGCACUGGAGAUAUUUGAAUGAUGUAGUAGCUUAGCUUCUCAGAUCUUAUAAAGAAUGAUUCAUUGUGUAAAGCACUUCCCUCCAUCUUCAGGCUCCAUUUGUAGCAAAUGAAUAUUGAAGGUGGAAUCCCUUCCUGUUGGCACUGCUAUUUUAAGUGCUCUGCUGUUUUAAUUAUUUUAUUUCCCGAGACUAGCAUAUUCUGUCUGGUUAACCUCUCCUGUGAAAAUACAGGGCAGCAGCCAGAUUUCAUAUUUUAGUACUAUGAAAGGGGGAGGUUCAUCUUUAGAGAGGCAAACAUCAAGUUAGGAAGGUGAUUCAGGCAAAUGUAUCUGAUCACGUCAGACUUGUGCUGAAGUCUCAAGGGGCAGUGAUGACAAGCCAGAGACUACUGUGAAUCAUAGUGAAUAUAUAUAUGUUCAACCUUGAACUUUUCUGGCUUUUUUAUAUAACCUUUGCAGAAAACUUGAUGUAAAUACUGAAGAUUACAUUCCUAAUUCCAUCUUCAUGAAAUCUAUUCCACUAUUGUAUGAUGUUGGCUAUGGUCCUUCCUGAUAAUCCUUCACUGAGGAGAAUAAUUUGAUGUGGAGCCUGAGCCACCAAACCUUCGCACAUCCAUAAUGCUUGCUCUCUAACUCUCAGAGCCCUAGGUGACCUUUCUCUUGUACGUUUUUGCCCCAGAUUGCUGCUUGGUUCCACUUUGGCAGCUGCAUGGUAACAACACAGCCUUGCAGAAUAGAGCAGGCCAUUGACUUUGAAUGUGGGAGUUCCCUCUGCAUCCAGCUUCUCCAAAAUCUGACAUUUAAGUUUGAUCAGGUCAAACAAACUCUGCUCUUCCUUGUUAUUAAAGCCAUCCAGAACUGAGCAUAUGUGCUUCCUCUCAGUUCCUCCAUCAAAAUCGCUUCUUCUAUUUUGUUGAUUCCAUAGUUUUAGUACUACCAAUUCUGAUCCCAGCAUUGGCUUUGAUCCCUCUAAUUCAAGCAGCGUGUUCCCAGAAGUCCUCCAUGAAGCUCAGGAGGGCCUCUUCAUUCUGUUUGUCUGCCUCUGUGUUGCAGCAUCAAUAGGUACCUUAGCUAAGGGCUCCAUCUCUGUAUAAGCCAUGGAAUAAAUUCUCAUGCCUGGCAACACCUCAGUUCAGUCAGAGGGAGCAUGUUACAGCAUCAACCCAGGUGGGGAUAGGUUUAUUUUGUAUAUGAAUGAUUUUUAAUGAAUGCAAUAUUAAUCCUUGCAGAUGAGCAAUAAAUCAUUACGCAAAAUCUAAAUAAAAUGAUUAGAAAACUA